AUGCUUCCCCUCAUUCCCCGUCUGCUUCCCCUCAUUCCCCCCUCUCCUUCCCCUCCCCUUCUUCCCCUCAUUUCUCCACCCGCUUCCCCUCAUUCUUCCCUCUGCUUCCCCUCAUUUACUCCCCUGCUUCCUCUCGUAUUCCCCUCUGCUUCCCCUAUUUCCCCCCUGAUUUCCCUAAAUUUUACCCUCCUGCUUCCCCUCGUUUCCUGCUCUACUUCCCUUCAUUCCUCCCUUUGCUUCCCUUUCUCCUCGUUCCCCUCUUUUGCCCCACUGCUUCCCCUCGUUUCCCCGUCUGCUCUCAUUGAUUUCCCCCUCUGUUUCCCCUCGUUUCCCUCCCUGGUUCCCCUCGUUUUCCCCUCUCCUCCCCUUGUUACAACUUCCUAUCUCCCGCUUUCCCUCUCCCGCUCUUCCCUAACUCCCCUCUUCCCUAUCUCCCCUCUUCCCUAUCUCCCCUCUUCCCUAUCUCCCCUCUUCCCUAUCUCCCCUCUUCCCUAUCUCCCCUCUUCCCUAUCUCCCCUCUUCCCUAUCCUCCCUCUUCCCUAUCCUCCCUCUUCUUACGGUAUUUUCUUCUUUCCCUCUCACUCUCUUCCUGUCUCCUCCUUUCCCUUUCCUCCCCUCUUCCUGUCACCUUUCCCUCUCACAUCGUCCUAUCUCCCCCUUUCUCUUCCCCCCUGCUUCUCUCUUCUCUUCACCCUCUUCCCUGUCUCCCCUAUCUCCACUCUUCUAAUCUCUAUCUCUUUGAAUUUUUUCUUGUUCCCCCUCCCAAUCCCUUGUAUUAUCUCCCUCCCCCUGGCUAUUGCAGUAACUACACUGAAGAUUUUUCUGGUACUUCAACUCACCUCAACCCAUCAUCCCAUCCCAUGCUCGUAG